AUGCAUCCAUUCACACGAAACCUCGUCCUGGCCGUCCUGUCAGACUUGACGCUGGUGCAGUCCUCAGAUUGUGCCCCUCCGUCCGUCGACCCUGACUAUGGAACCUACCUAGGGUUGUAUAACCAGGAGUAUGCCCAAGACUUCUUCCUCGGUGUUCCUUAUGCGCAGCCUCCGGUUGGUUCCUUGCGCUUCGCGGCACCUCAGCCGCUGAGGGAGUCAUUCGACGAGCCUCGAAACGCUACCGAGUAUGGCUGGAUGUGUAUCGGAUACGGCUCGGAUACUGCGAACCUGGGACUGAAACUAGGAGAUGAUCUCCCAGUUGGCAGCCACCUUAAUGGAGGCUCACGCGACCCGCGGUAUAACCUGAGUUAUAUCGUCCAGCAGUCAGUGGAAGAGAAGAAGCCGAUCGUCGCAGUGUCGAUCAACUACCGUCUCUCGUUCUGGGGCUUCCUGUUCAGCAAGGAAAUGGAAGCGGUCGGUGCCGGUAACAUUGCCUUCAGAGAUCAGCGUAUGGCGCUACAAUGGCUUCACAACAACAUCACUGGGUUCAGUGGCAGCCCAGACAAGCUCACAAUCUGGGGGGAGUCCGCCGGUGCUCGAUCCUUAGGAAUGCAGCUCAUUGCAUACGAUGGAAUGCACGACGGUCUGUUCCGCAGUGCUAUCCUCGGGAGUCGCAGCCCUCUCGCCAAGUUCACAAAUGCUGACGGUUGGCAACCAUACUUUGACGCUCUCGUUGAGAAGACGGGAUGCGCUAAUGCUAUUGAUCGAUUGGACUGUCUCAAGCACCUUCCCUGGAAGACUCUCAGUGCCAUCUUUAACGGCACGAACCCUUUGAACGUCACAGCGCCCACGCUCAGCGCUGUCAUCGAUGGCGACUUCAUGACCGCCCAAGCGUCUGUUCUGCUGAAGCAAGGCAAUUUUGCCAAGGUCGCGCUCUUGACUGGCAACAACUUUGAUGAGGGCACCGCAUACGCGAAGCAGGGCAUCAGCACCGACUGA